GCUGAGGUGGUCCAACUGUCAAGUUCACUGAUCACCCAAACUGCUGUGACGCUGAUUCCUGCUGAUGUUUCCUGAGCUUCUUAAGUAUUCAGGAAAUAAGGUGUAUUUUGAAGCUGCUGACAUACCGUCUGCAAGUGAAAGCCUUUCGGAUGUUUUUGUAGUUUCUUGUGAUUAUUCCGAUGGGCGACAGAACAGGAGCCAUAUGGAGUAAAAGUCAUCGCUGGCACAGGUGAACACCUACUCACGGAUCUGACCAUGUGAAAUCAUCUGAACAAUCUACUGUACAGGAUCAUGCAAAACUAACAUUAAACAAUAGAGUAUAAGGAUGACAGAGAAGAAGCUUGCCAGAACCCCAAACGUACAAGCCACAGCCUUGUUGAACUUCUCCAUCACAUGAAAAUCCCUUUAUCCAUCACAAUGUCAUCCACAGGUGGAGUUCCUCCCAACAUCAGUGUCUCAGUACUCCAUGACUUACUUAGCUCUCCCUCCACCACCACUCCACCUCCAUCUUGCAGCAUAGACGAGUCCUACAAAUACAUCUUCCUCCCCAUCUGUUACUCUUUCACGUUCCUCUUCAGCAUCUCCCUGAACGCUAUCAUCCUCUACCGUUCCUUCCGCCAGACCAAACGCUGGAAUGCUUCACUGAUCUACAUGGUGAACCUGGCCUCUACAGACUUUAUGUAUGGCCUGUCACUGCCAUUCCUUGUGGCUAGUUACAUUAUGCAUGACCGCUGGGUCUUUGGGGACUUCAUGUGCCGCCUGGUCCGUUUUCUCUUCUACUUUAACCUCUACUGCUCCAUCUUCUUCCUCACCUGCAUCUCUGUCCACAGGUACCUCGGUAUCUGCCACCCAAUGAAAGUCAUCACACUAGAGACCAAGAAGGCUGUCAAGUGCACAUGUGUCCUGGUUUGGAUUGUAGUGUUUGCUUUGACCUGCCCUAUCUUCCGGUUUGCUCAGACUGGUCAUGUAACAAGAUUGGGAGGGCUUGGCGGCAAUACAAGCAGCAUUGACAACCCAAUCCAUGAGAUAUCAUCGAUAAAUGGUAAUGACAGCUAUGGUAACAUGGGAGGGGUCAUUACGGAGUACCAGAACUGUUGGGACGAUGCCAUAGAUAAGGAGUUUCCUGAUUACAUACCCUAUGGCAUCAUACUCCAUUUGCUGGGCUUUUUUGUGCCUUUUUCCAUAAUUGCUUGGUGUUACUCUCACGUUGUUCUGACCAUAUUUAGGACUCUGCAUUCUCAGCCCUCAUCCUGCAGAGGUCGAGGAGAGGGACGACAUGGAGGAAUAGAGAGAAGAGAGAGAAAUAUCCCCGCAAUAGUUGCAAGAGGAAGAAGAGGAAGCAAUGGACUGUCGAGGACACUGGAAAGAGAUGAAGGGAUAUCCAUUUUCCUUGGUGCUCAUUCGCCUUAUGCCAAUCGCAGACGUAAAUCUAUCAAGACCAUCAUCACCAUCACCCUUCUCUUUGUGCUGUGUUUCUUCCCCUUUCAUGUUACUAGAACCAUCUUCCUCCUGCUGAAAGUGACCAAGGGAGUCCCCUGUCACACUAUGACCAUGGUCUCCAUGUGCUAUAAGAUCACGAGGCCUUUGGCGUCGUUCAACGCAUGGCUCAACGCCCUCCUUUACUUCUUGACUAAAGACAAGGGGGGAGCUCACUGCUGCCAGGCGGUAAGCACCACCACCCAACAACAUGGUGGGAUUCUACUGCCACUGAGGAUGAUGGGAAAAGGAGAGGAUGCAGAGGAGGGAGGGCUGGGAGACAGAAAUGACAAUAAGGAGACUAAAACAUUUCACAACAGUCCGUCAUACAUGAACAGAGCAAAAAUCAGAUAUAUAGUUGAAUGAAUGUUUUGAUGAGGAAUGAAAGAAAGAAUUUUAGAUGCACUGUAGGUUGACUUUUACUGG